UAACGCUACUACUUGCGGAUCAGGAAUUGCGGUUACUCGCCUCAGCACUACGCGCGCCGACGCCGAAGCUCCCCCUUAUUGACCAUUUCACUGUCCAGCGUCUCCGGAGACAUUUCCCGCGGUCCUUCUUGGCGUACCAGGCUCACAAACAACCAGACCCAAACCCCCCAGGCUGAGCCAUUUCCCCGCUCCGCCAUUCCCGUUCCGGCAUUUUCCCGUUCCGCCAUUUCCCCUCUCCUCCCGUUCCGCCAUUUCCCCUCUCCGCCCGUUCCGCCAUUCCCCCUCUCCGCCGGUUCCGCCAUUUCCCCUCUCCGCCCGUUCCGUCAUUUCCCCUCUCCGCACUGUGAAAUCGUUGAGCUCCAAGCGAUAGGAAAUCGUUUGGAGGCACUUGUUGGCCAUCCGAAAAAGGUCACUCUCUUCGAGUCUUUUGUGUCGCAAAAACAAGAAACACGAACAACAAGUGCUUGUUUUUUGCGACACUUCUAGCCAUUAAGCGUUAGGGUGGGCUGCAGCUAAGAGGAAAAACUUUAGCAAAAGAGUGCUUUGCUUUUUGCGACACUUCCAGGCACUCUCUUCCAGUCUUUUGUGUCGCGAAAAGAAGAAGCACGAUCUGGCUAUGGCGAACCGCGGCGCGUCAACCGCGCUGAUUGCGCUCAGGCUGAUUGCAAUCGCCGCCGCGACUCUGCUCGUUACCGCCGCUCCCUCCGGAGUCAACGCCGCACCACCACCCGUCACCGCCGCUCCCCCCGUCACGGCCGCUCCGACGAGCCCCGAUAAGGCCGCGUUGUUGGCUUUAAGGGACGCGCUGAGGGCCAACAGCCUCUUGGUGCUGCCGUACUGGGAGGAUACCAUGGAGCCCUGUGACCCCAUGUUGUCUCCACCCCUCGGAUGCAGCAAAGAUGGACGCGUGAUAAGCAUGAAGCUGGCGAACGAGCUGCUCAAGGGGCCCAUUCCAGGGAAGGAGCUGGCGGCAUUGGAUGGCCUGCAGCGGCUAGACAUGGGAUACAACACGUUCACAGGGCCCAUCCCCGGGGCACUAUCAACCCUCUCCAAUCUCACCUACCUGUCUUUUGAGGCGAAUAAGUUGGAAGGGCCUAUUCCUGAGUGGAUAGGGUCAAAAUUUUUGAAACUAGUGAAUCUGUAAGUAAGAUUGUUGCUAAGUUACAGUGUGUUCACAAUGUAUAGUAGUGUCUCUCACUAUACGUUGUUUUAAUCCAUCCAAUCAUGGAUUUACUGUAAUGUUUCUCACCAUUCAAGCAUGCUUUAUUUUCCCGUCUUGAUUGUUGCUAACCGUUGCUAACCGUUGCAUGUUUCUCCCCAUUUCCCUCAGUCGCCUUGCUGCCAGCUCUCUCAGCGGCUCUCUACCAAGCACCCUCAGUGCACUUUUGACCGUUCUUUGCCGUUGUUAACCACUCUUGUCUCAGUUUCCUUGCUGUAGUCUCUCAGCAGCUCUCAGUGCACUUAUCAGUCGACUCAAAGGAAUAUGUAACCAUGUGGACUUCUUCUUCACCAUUCCUCACCGUUGUUAACCGCUCUUGUCUCAGUCACCUUGCCACCAACUCUCUCAACGGCUCUCUACCAAGCACCCUCAGUGGUCUCAAAAGCCUGAAGUCUCUAGACCUUGGAAGCAACCACAUCGUGGGGCAUUUGUCUUCAAGCCUUCAGCACUGCAAAGACUUGGAGUUCUUAUCCAUCCCCACCAGUGAGCUUUCAGGGCCGAUUCCCGAGUGGCUGGGAAGAUUGACGAAGUUGAGAGUGCUAGAGCUCUUCACGAACCAUCUGUCCGGCACAAUUCCCGCAAGCCUGGCCGGCGCUUCUGCCCUGGAGUCAAUGUGAGCAUGCUGAGGGGUACCCGCAUGUGUUACAGAAGUCGCUGAAGUCAAUGCGAGUCAAUGUGACUGUCCGGCCCAAUUCCUGCAAGCCUGGCCGCUGCCUCUGCCUUGGAGUCAAUAGCGCUGGACGACAACGACCUCUCGGGCCCCAUCCCAACUGCGCUGGGAAACCUUCCCAACCUCGCUGCUUUCUAUGUGGCAAGCAAUCGCCUGGAAGGACCCCUCCCCAACAGCUUCAGCCGGCUCAACAGCCUCAUGUACCUUGACGUCAGCUAUAACAGGGGCUUUGGCGGCUCCCUCCCUACCUUUCUGGACCGCCUCUGGCUGCUGGAGUCCGUAGCCUUUGAGAACUGCGACCUCACGGGCCCCAUCCCCCCAUCCCUGGGCUCCCUAAACCUGCUGGUCGAGCUCUUUGUGGAUAACAAUCGCCUCUCAGGCACCAUCCCAGCAGCUCUUGGCAAUCUGCCGGCGCUUAAUAAGCUGUAUUUGAACCGGAACCAGCUGGGUGGAAGCAUACCUGGCGAGCUGUGCAAGCUAAGCUACAUCUAUAACCUCAACCUGGCCCGCAACCAGCUGACCGGGACUGUCCCUGCCUGUCUGCCGAAACUGCCACGCAUUACAUUGCUGGAUAUCUCUCACAACAAUCUCACUGGGCCGUUGCCUCCCAACCCGCGCCCGUCCAGUUUGCAUUUCUCAUACUCCGGCAACUGCCUCGACAGUGCACCGGACCAGGACUGCCCUGCCAACGCCACCUCUCCUGCUGCUGCCCCCUCCUCCGCUGCUCCCUCCGCCACUCCCUCCUCUGCUCCCUCCGCCACUCCCUCCUCAGCUCCGUCCUCUGCUCCGUCCUCUGCUCCUGCCUCUACUCUUGCAUCUGCUCCCUCCUCCACCCCCUCCCCUUCUCCCUCCUCCGCUCCCUCCCCUGCUCCUGCCUCUGCUCUCUCCCCCGCUCCGGCCUCUUCUCCUGCUUCCCUUCCUGGGCCGGCUCCACUUUCCACGUCAGCACCAGCCAGAUCCGCACCUGCGUCUAAAUCAGCACCUGUAUCCACAUCAACACCUGCAUCCACAUCAGCACCUGCAUCCACGUCAGCACCUGCAUCCACAUCAGCACCUGCAUCCACAUCAGCACCUGCAUCCACAUCAGCACAUGCGUCCCCAUCAGCAUCACUGUCCAUCGCACCUAGCAGCACACCAACAGCCAAUGCCGUGCAGCAGCAGCAGCAGCAGCAGGGGACCCCACCAAGCCCUAACAAGGCCGCUUCAAGAGGAGAAGAAAAAAUUGAAGUGAUUCAGGCAGCUAUGGCAGCGUGUAUUGCUACCAUGCUGCUUGUUUUGCUGUGGUAACUAACCACGCUGCGCUGUUGUUGCAGUGUUACCAUGGUACCAUCCUGUGCUUGGCCCUUGUGCUGCUUCCUUUCCAGUGGCGUAAUCGACUGCUGUUUUGUUACGUAGUCCAAUCCAAGAUCUUGCUUUCUUCCAGUUGGGUGUUUGUGUGUCUGUGUACUCAUGUGUUUUGUGUUACAGACUCUGGAUUGAAACUAUUGGUUUGUGUAAUUUGAGUUGGCUUA